CAUGUAGGCGAAGGUCACUCGAGCCACAGCGUCAACAAUGUAUACCUUAUGAUGAUGAAUACUUUUGUUGCGUCCACCGCGCUCGCAUGAUCCAUAUUCGCGAUAGAAUACUCUGCUUUGGGGUCGUUUCUGACGUUUUACGAGUUGACGCACGGGCGUUAUCCUCCGUCCCCCACACCUCACUACGUACGCCGCUCACCUUGAGUCCCUCACAUUGAGAUUCAACAUCUUCGGCAUGACGAAUGUUUCUCCAACAUAUAGACUUGACGACGGCCUUGCGGCCUUCGUAUCUGCCUGAUGAGGUACUUUUAUUUGUUCAGGAUAAUGUGGGUCUUUAUGAAGGGAAGUUCAAGCUGCCCGAUCAACAGAACGGCCAAGUAUACUUGACGUCGCAUCGGAUAUGUUAUGUCGAUAAAGAUGAGCCACGCAAGCGUUCGCUUGCGUUGGAGCUGAAGGAUGUGGAGCGCCAUGAGUUUUACGCCGGCUUCUGGAAGUCCUCGCCCAAGGUCACCAUUGUCCCCAAACCACCGAAAAGGGCAUCUCUCCGGCAGACUGUCUCCAGUGUCAGUGCGCCCCGGCGCAACCAAGGCCCGAACUCUCCUCGACCAGAGGGUUCACCGCGCCCGAAGCCAGAGACACCCGUCGCGAGUUCGGCAACAUGGGUGUGUACCAUCUGCAGUUUCUCGAACCCGGUGCCAUCCAACUUUGACCCUUCAGCGGCGAACGUACACACCCCUUUGCCGCCGUGCCUCGCCUGUGGCAUCAAGCCCUCACUGAGUCAUGUUCUGAAAGCUGCAAUCGCCAGCGCGAACAGUCGGCCUUCGCCGGCGCCAGCAGCUUCAAGCCCGGUAUUGCCAGUACGAUCCAAGCUCCUGGACUCGAAAUCGCCCAGAGAAGCAUUUAGCGAAGCUUCAUCACCGGACAGAACAGGAAGUCCGCAGUCAGCUACUGCGCCAGGGGAAGCGGCAUCAACGUUUGAGUGUCCCAGAUGCACCUUUUCGAACCACCCCUCAUUACUAUCUUGCGAAAUGUGCGGCGCCUCAUUGAUCUACCGACAGGGUGCCGAGCCUGAACCUGUGGCGCCAUCGGCAGAUGUUGCCCGCCCGCAGUCACCUGGUCCAGCGAUGGACAGCCCGAAGGCCUCCGGGCCUGGUGGUAUUGAUGUCCAGGACAGCGUCAAGAUCUCAUUCCGAGGAGGCGGCGCCCAAAUCUUCUACGAGAGGCUCAAGGGAUCCAUGACACAGCGCAAGUGGCUGCUGCAGAAUGCCCCCCCGCCGCCAAAAAGCGGUCACUUGAUGGACGAUGGCCAGUCCAGCUCUGGGCAGAGCUCGCCAAAGCAUAAAACCGUCGGCAUUGCGGGGUUGGAGCAGCGAGGCAUGAACAUGCGAAAGAACAACGAGUUCAUCAUUGGUAAUGCCUUUGAGGACCUAGAGGCGCUGAUGGCAUCUGCAAAAGACGUCGUGGCCCUCGCUGAGAGAUUGGCGCGUCAGAACAGCGCAGGUGGUGAAGGUAUCUCAGUCGAGGAGAAUGCCAUACUCGCUGAAUCGGCCAGUCAGUUGGGGCUGGUCACGACGAAGGACAUUGUUGGCGGCGGCAGCUCGCAAUCCUUGUACUUGUCAGAACUUGCGAGAAAUCUUGCGGAAUUUCUGACAGACGACUCUCGUGGCGUGCUGAAGAAAGAGGGCGGCAUCAUUACCCUUGUCGAUCUAUGGGCCAUGUUCAAUCGCGCCCGGGGAGGCGUUGAACUGGUCAGUCCGAUGGAUUUCGAGAAAGCCGUUCGACUGUGGGAAAGUCUAAAAUUGCCAGUCCGUCUCAGAACGUUCCGGAGUGGUGUCAUGGUCGUGCAGGGACGCGAUCGGACAGAUGAAACCACCAUCAAGGCACUCCUGUCAUGGCUGCAGGAUCUUCACGAGUUCCCGCCUGAAAGAGAGGUGCCAUGGGACUGGCGAACAUUUGGACAGGGCGUCACCGCCCAGGAAGCCGCCACUCGCUUUGGAUGGAGCCUGGGUGUCGCCGAGGAGGAGUUACUCAUGGCCGAAGAACACGGGGCUGUGUGUCGUGAGGAAGGGCUCGAGGGCCUGAAGUUUUGGAUCAACUAUAUUGACACUGGUGACAUCAAACCGAUGAAGACGAAGGCACAAGAAGACGCGGACGCAGUGGUCAGGAAUCUGAAAGAAAGCGGACUUGUGUAGCUUACUACAAUGAAUACAUGAACAACGACAU